UGGGCUGGCGGGGUGUCGCUCGGGGACACGCCUUCUCCCGCGGAGAACAAAAUCUCGCCCGUGUCUCGAGGCGUGAGCUCUGGUGGAGCGAGCGAGCGAGCGGUCGCGGCAGCAGCCAGGAGAGCCAGACGCGAAGGGCGGCGGCAGGCGCUGGGAUGCCAAACUGGGGUGGAGGAAAAAAGUGUGGCGUAUGCCAGAAAACAGUAUACUUUGCUGAGGAGGUACAAUGUGAAGGCAACAGUUUCCACAAAUCAUGCUUCUUGUGCAUGGUUUGUAAAAAGAACUUGGAUAGCACUACAGUGGCUGUGCAUGGAGAAGAGAUCUACUGCAAGUCAUGCUACGGGAAGAAAUAUGGACCAAAGGGUUACGGAUAUGGACAGGGUGCCGGUACUUUGAGCAUGGACAAGGGGGAAGGACUGGGAAUCAAACAUGAAGAGGCUCAGCCCCAUCAUCCCACCAACAAUCCCAACGCAUCCCGGCUGGCACAGAAGGUGGGCAGUGCUGAUGGCUGCCCCCGCUGCGGACAGGCUGUGUAUGCAGCCGAGAAGGUGGUUGGAGCUGGGAAGUCAUGGCACAAAUCCUGUUUUCGAUGUGCAAAAUGUGGAAAAGGUUUAGAGUCCACUACUUUGGCUGAUAAGGAUGGUGAAAUCUACUGCAAAGGCUGCUAUGCCAAGAACUUUGGACCCAAGGGCUUUGGCUUUGGGCAAGGAGCUGGUGCGCUUGUCCAUUCCCAGUGAAGAGCUGCAGCCUUCAAGUCUCCUUUCCAGCACUAAAUGCUUUGCCAAUGCUGAGUUCAUCCAACCUGAUCCUCACAAAGAAAAGACCAUUUCAUUUCACCAAUUCUUGCAAAUGUAAUAAUACAGUAACAGAAUUUGCUGCUUUCCAAUGUAUGACUGGCUCAGCUCCCAUUAAACCCUUUCCAUAGAGCCCUGAAAGCAUGAAAAAUCUCCAGUUAUCUGCAAUGGGCUCUAUUGGCUCACAUUCACAAAAUGACCUCACUCAUUCUUUCAGCCUAUGUCAUACUACAGGUAACAGAGAGCACAGAUCACUCUGUAUAGAUAACAGCACAAUAGUUUCCAAGACCUCUCUUCUGGCAGAGCUAAAAUAGGUUGUUUUAGGGAGGAAAGGCCACAAAUUUUGUGAUUUAUCAAGUCUUAAGAAGUUAUAUGUGAAAUAUCAAGAAAGAUCAUAAUUUGUAAGUGUAAAGAGAUCUGAAAACUAAGACUCUAGUCAGAUGUUUGAGGUUAUAGCAAAAGAGCAUAUAUAAUGUGUAAAUACAGACACUCCUGGAGCUUUUAGAGUAAAUAUGGAUAAAAGUCUUAACACUAAUAUGUUCAUUUUCAGUAGAUUUAUUACUAGGUUGAUAAAUUCAACAGUGACCAUUGGGGUGAGGAAAUCUGUCAACUCUGGUAUAAUGCAGUUUCUCAUUUUUCCAAUCUUGUGUUCAUUUUGGCCCAUUUUAAUUUUCUAAUUUGAGCAUGGGGAUGCCCACAUGGAAAUGUGAUUGCAUUUUAAUGUGUACUUCUAAUAUACACAUUUUGUACAUAAUUUUUCUAAUGUAGGUGAUCAUUGCUCAACAUGAUCCAUUUUUGUUACCGUUUUCCUUUAUACUUAUUUUAUGCCCAUUUUGUUACUGGCAAAUUCCAUUGAAAAUUCUGGAAAGUACUGAUUUCAAGCAUACAACUAUUUUACAUAUAGGUGCAGGAGGUGCAAAUUCAGUAAGCUCAUAUUUAGACUGAAUGAAUCUGCUCUUUUAUCCUUAGUGACCUUUUCAUAUAUUUUAGACCAUUUGGAUUAUAUAAAACAAAUCAUUCAGAAGCUGAUAGGAAGUUAUUUUCCUAGUGACACUGCUCAGUACUUCAUUCACUCCUGAAAGAUGAAUGAAUUUGGAGACGGUCAAAAUAUAUAAUUUACCCUCAUUCCAUUUUUCAUUCUGUUAUUUACAGCAACUGGGACCACUGAUAAUAGAAAAUUGAUGUUUUUCAUCAUCAUUCCACUGUGAUAUUUCCCCCUUGAACAAAGGAAGUGCAUAACAAGACUGGUUUCAUUUCUCUUUCACAUGUCAAAGAGACCCCAUCAAACUGCAGAGAAAUGGUGGUGGUGGGUUGAACAUUUGUACAUCAAAUAAGUGUUAGAUUUUAUAAAAUCCAAACAUGUUGACAUGUUGAUCCAGAGUUGACAGUCGUCUUUUUAUGAAACUCAGGGGGGAAAUUCUUACAUCCAAAGUAUGAUCCCCCAAUGGGCUGGGAACUUUUAAAUACAGACUCUAGUCCAUAUUUUGCCCAGUUGGAUAUGAACCCAUUUUAGGUUAAAUAGCCUUAGUAUGAGCUAAAUACCUGUAUCUUUUCCUUUAGAAUGCAGCCUAAAGGAAAUGGUUUACUCUUCUCUCUAGGUGAUUAGCAUAAAGUUAAAAGUCUAUGAAUCUGUACACGUUACAAGAAUAAGAAACUGUAGCAGUAACAUUUUUACAUGUUUGUUACAUAAAAGAGCUAUGUUUAAAGAACAAAAAUAUAUUCAAUAAAGCAAUCAAAAGGAA